AUGCGUGGGUCAAUACAUCUCACAUGCAUCCAACUGGUUAUGGAUCUGCUACCCCCCCCCCUCCACACACACACACACGCACUUCACUAUUUACUACAUGUAUGCACAAACGCACAUAUACCCCCAAGGUACAUUGAUGCCCUUUGUUUUGGUUGUUCUUGUGUUUGGGGCGAAGAAAUGAACAGCGCCACACCACAGGUGUCUCCUGGGGAGAGGGAUACACACUACGUGCGCCGCGAGCGCUUCGAGAUCGAUCAGUAUGUGCGCGUCCGGGUGACUGACACGCGCUACUCCAUCGGCGUUGUGACAACUAUUGACGAAAAUCAGGACCUGGCAACCGUGGAGACGCGAAACGGGUAUGAGGUAACAGUGCCAACAUCAGCACUCCGUCGGGCCUUUCUACUAGUACUCGACCUGAAUGGAGUCCUUGUCGCCCGUGGUCGAGGGGGAUUCGUCCUGCGCCCAAACGUCUCCGACUUCCUCAAGUUUGUCUUUUCCAACUUCGUUGUGGCGGUGUGGACGAGCGGCCUUCAACGGUCAUCGGACCCCAUCAUUGAGCAUGUCUUUGGUAACUACCGAGACCUCCUACUGUUUACGCUGUUUCGCGACGCGUGUAUGUCGAAGCCAUCAGUGGAGAACCCGUACGGGACGGAGAAGAACCUGCAGGUCAUCUUCGACCGAUAUCCACAUAGCUUUCACAGCGUUAACACGAUCAUCAUCGAUGACUCCCCAGACAAGUGCUCCCAUCCCGAUAUUGCACUUUGCCCCAUCCCGUUCAAGGAUCCGGUCACACAGGUGCACGACGAGGGGCUACUGCAGGCGAUGGAGGUGCUGAAGGAGGUGCUGCUCCUGGACUCCGGCGUCCCGCUGAUUCUCGCUGCUGAGCGGCGGCUUCAGCAGCUGGCCAAGCAGCAGCACGAGGAUCAUCCUGGUGGAGAGGGGAAGGCGCAUGAACAGAGGCUGUCGAAGGUCUGGACGCCAGCGGGAGCUUCAGUCUGCAACAGCCACGAGCUCCCUUCAGAUAUGGAAGAGGUGGAGCUAUGGAAGAAGCGCCUGUGUUGCGACCAACUUCAAGGGAAGUGUCUGCGUAGUGACCGGUGCCCCUUCAGCCAUGACGCCGAUGAUGGUCGGCCCUGCUCUCGCAAGAGUGGCUGCCGGAAGCACGGCAGUCGGUGGCCAAAGACGCGUGAAGAAGUACAGUUAGAGGAGCAGCGCAGAGAGGCCCGCAACGCGAUGCUCCAGCGCAACGAUAAUGUGCAGCAGCAGCGCGGAGCCCGGCCCGGUCAGCCGCAAAAGCUGCCUCGGCAAAGCAACCGAGCGAGCAACCGUCGCCGCGGCGACGCUGAUGACGGCGCGGAGUGGGCAACAGAGACAACCGGGUUUAGCCACACCGGCGACCCGGUGUACGACAACAUGAUCGACCAGCAACGGCGACAAGGCGCAUCGGCCGUUAAGGCGAUGGCCGCAACGUCACUGGGUGGUGCGACCGGUGCAGCCUCGCAGAACGUGCGUGGCGGUUCAUCAGCGACGUUCGUCUCUGCUCAGCCGCAAAUCCAGCCCCAGACCAGCCAAGUGAAUAGCUCACUGUCGCUCUUUUUUCAAACAGCGACAGCAAGCAGUGCGCCAGCGCCGCCUUUAGAGCCCUUCAGCACUCGGCCCAAUGCACCAACAGUAUCUGCCACAAACAUGAGUGUGCUGCCUCAACAGCAGCAACGAAGGACAUCCAUUACCUUGGUGCUCGACGAUAUGUCCUCGCGAAGAGGAAAUAACGGUAAUGGCAUUCAAAACCAACGAGGGGGUGGCGGUCGGCAGCAACAGCCGCAACGGCAGGCUUCACAACAGCAGUCGCAGCAAUUGAUCCACAUAACCGGGGAGCAGGGCAACUCUACCGCUGUAGUGAGUAAACUGCAGGCGCUCAUUGGCCAACGCUAA